AUGGAUUUUAACGGCGGCGGCGGCGGCGGCAACGAGCUCCACAACAACCAGUUCUACCAGUGCGAGGAGAGCAAGCCGCUGCUGGGGGAGAUGUCGGAGGGCAACAACAACACCAAGCUGGGCGCGGGGCCGUGCAAGAGGAGUCUCCACCACUGCAGCAGCAGCGGGAUGCGCUACAAGCUGCUGCACGAGGGCGACAUCCAGGUGUGCGUGGUCAAACACCCACGCACCUUCCUCAGCAAGAUCCUCACCUCCAAGUUCCUGCGGAGAUGGGAGCCGCACCACCUGACGCUCACCGACAGCAGCCUGACCUCCGCCACCCCCACCGGCUACAUGGAGACGUCGCUGUCCUACAGCUCCAUAGAGGAUCUGCAGCUCCUCUCCUGGGACAACGCUCCCAAAUACUGUGUCCAGCUCAGCUUUCCUGGAGGCACCGUCCUGCUGCAGGCUGCAAACAGCUACUUGAGGGACCAGUGGUUUCACUCCCUGCAAUGGAAGAAAAAGAUCUACAAGUACCGCAAGGUUCUGAACAACCCGAGUCGCUGGGACGUGGUGCUGAAGGAGAUCCGUGCGCUGGUGGACAUGGCUCUGACGUCACCGCUGCAGGACGAAUCCAUCCACCAGGCGCCGCUGCACAUCAUCUCCACCCUGCUGGCCGAGAACUCUAAUCUGAGCACUCAGGAUCAUGAGAACAUCAUCGUGGCCAUCGCUCCUCUCCUGGAAAACAACCACCCACCGCCUGACCUGUGUGAGUUCUUCUGUAAGCACUGUCGGGAGCGUCCGCGGUCCAUGGUGGUGAUCGAAGUGUUCACUCCUGUGGUCCAGAGAAUCCUCAAACACAACAUGGACUUCGGGAAGUGUCCUCGGCUGCGUCUCUUCACUCAGGAGUACAUCCUGGCUCUGAACGAGCUCAACGCCGGCAUGGAGGUGGUCAAGAAGUUUGUCCACAGCAUGCAUGGACCGACAGGUCAGUGUCCUCACCCUCGAGUCCUGCCAAACCUGGUGGCCGUGUGUUUGGCUGCCAUUUACUCCUGUUAUGAGGAGUUCAUCAACAGUCGGGACAACUCUCCCAGCCUGAAGGAGAUCAGGAACGGCUGCCAGCAGCAGAACGACCGCAAGCCUCCGAUGCCGCUGCGCCUGCUGCGCCCGGAGCCUCCGACGCCGCCUCCCGCCACCCUGCUGCCGCUGUCCACCGCCCCCAGCCCUCCUCAGCCGCCCUCCAACCCCUCCAACCCGCCCCCAGCCCCGUCCAUCCCCAUCUCCUCCCCGGCACCCUCCCUGCCGCUCUCCCCUCCGCCCUCCAUCGUCAACUCCAGCGAGAUCCUGGUGGAGCUCGAGCGCAACAACAACUCGGCCAACGCCAAGAGGAAGGGCGGCCCGGCGGGCGGCGACAGCGAGCCCAACCUCAUCGACUGUCUGCUGGUCAGUCCGGCCGUCAACAUGCUGUCCAUCCAGCUUCCAGCGCAGGCCGACCGGGUGCUGGGCUGCUUCGCCCUCAUCCUCAAGAUGCUGUCGGACUACGACGACUGGAGACCUGCUCUGGCCAGUCUGCUGCAGCCCAUCCCCUUCCCUAAAGAAGCUCUUGCACAUGCCAAAUUCACAAAGGAACUGAAAUAUGUCAUUCAGAGGUUUGCAGAGGACCCGAGGCAGGAGGUGCAUUCCUGCCUGCUCAGCGUGCGUUCAGGUAAAGACGGCUGGUUCCAGCUCUACAGUCCAGGGGGCGUGGCCUGUGAUGACGACGGCGAGCUGUUUGCCAGCAUGGUUCACAUCCUCAUGGGCUCCUGCUACAAGACCAAGAAGUUCCUCCUGUCUCUGGCUGAGAACAAGCUGGGCCCCUGCAUGCUGCUGGCCCUGAGGGGGAACCAGACCAUGGUGGAGAUCCUGUGUCUGAUGCUGGAGUACAACAUCAUCGAGAACAAAGACACCCAGCUGCAGAUCAUCUCCACCCUGGAGAGCACCCAGGUGGGCCUUCGCAUGUACGAGCAGCUCUGCGACCGACAGCGAGAGCUCAAAGAACUGCAAAGAAAAGGAGGCCCAACACGACUCACUCUGCCCUCCAAGUCCACGGAUGCGGACCUGGCCCGCCUGCUGAGCUCAGGUUCUUUUGGGAACCUGGAGAACCUGAGCCUGGCCUUCACCAACGUCACCAGUGCCUGUGCUGAGCAGCUCAUCAAGCUGCCUUCACUCAAACAGCUCAACCUCUGGUCCACACAGUUUGGAGAUGCAGGACUGAGGUUGUUAUCUGAGCAUCUGGCCUGUCUUCAGGUUCUCAACCUGUGUGAGACUCCAGUCACCGAUGCCGGGCUGCUGGCUCUCAGUUCCAUGAAGAGUCUCUGCAGUCUGAACAUGAACAGCACCAAACUCACCGCCGACACAUACGAGGACCUCAAGGCCAAACUGCCCAACCUGAAGGACGUGGACGUUCGGUACACGGAGGCCUGGUGAUCCGCUGUCCUUCCUCCAUCUGCAUACGUGGCCAGACACACAUGUACACACACACUGCACACACACACACUGCACACACACUGCACACACACACACACAACACGACAACCAUCUCCACCAACGCUAUCUUUAAACCAGGAGGACGUCCGACACACUGGGAGGAGGAGGAGGAGCCUUCGUCAGCUUCAUCUAAGUGACUUUGUGGACCUCGUCGCUCCCCGUAGUUCUGUCUGGCCGACGCUUGGACCUGGUUUUUACUGAGAACACCAGAGGACAUUCAGGACGCUUGUCUCUCUGUCUUUCCUCUCCCGGCCUCGGCGCUCCUCCUGAACCUCCUGAAUCGAAUCCCGUCCCUCCAGCAGCAGCUCACAUUCCGGUUCUGAUCCGAUCCUCCAUGUAGCUCUCCGAGUCGAACUGUCCAAGUCCUCGCUCUCUGUCUCUCUCUGCCGUCAGAUUUGAGUCUUUCAUUGGGAAAAAUGAGGUGCUACCUCAGAGAAAAGAAGACUGUGCCUACUCCUCACAUGCGACACACACAAACACAAAAAAAUGGUUUUUAUCAACUUGAAUUAACAUAUUUUUCCAGACAUCUGUGCUUUCAUAUAUUGUGUGUUUCUAUAUAUAUAUAUAUGAGAAAAAAAAAAAACAAACCCCAGUGACGACAUUUCAGGAGCUCUGCAGGAAAGUCAAACGGCAUCACCGGUCCCCUUUUCGUUUGCUUUCAGUGUACAUACUGACGCCCUCCCCGUACUAUUUAACAGGACUGUUGUGUAGCAGUAGCUUGGUGGUCUGGGACUGCCUCAUAUUUAUAAGUUGUGUCUUUAAAACCUCCUGGAUUUUGUCCCGAGUCCUUCUGUUUUGGUCGAGGGCGGCCACUCGUGGAUCUCCGUGGAGCGUGGACGUGUUAAAGGAGACGCAUCACCAGCUGAGAGUUGUAUAUUUUCAUAUCCUCCGCUAUUUUUCUGGUUUGGGACGAUGUCUGAGACGGAGAAAGGACGCUUGCCAAACAUCUUCACUGUUCUGUUUCAGUCUCCGCCUGUGGACAAACACUGUUCGGUGCCGUUUCUGAGGUCCGAGUGAAGGUCGCAGUGCCUCUUAGUGGACGAGCUGCUGAUUUCUACCACCUGUUUUCAAUCGUCCUGCUCCGUUUAUAUGACGCCAUAACACACGGGGGACGUUUCUAGGCCUCGUCACAGGAUGGGACUGAAUUAUUGUACAUAAUCAAUCACAAUAAGGGACAUUGGAAGCCUUUGAUUUGCCCGCCGUCUACAUUCCCUGGAAAUGUUGCCUGUUUGUUGUGUUUCAUACGAUGUGGUAACUGCCCUGACACACUGCAUCUCUGUCCAACGUGUGGUUUCGGCUGGAUUUGUCUUUUAAAUGGAAAACAAAGAAAAAAAAGGAGAAACAACUGCAUCCAUCCGUUUUAUUUAUUCGACCUGCAGAAUGCUGCGGAUGUUUGCUGAAUCAGAGGACAGGACGCCGUCCGCCACCAGGCGCUUUGUUUCCUAUUUAUUGGGUGCCAUGACAGUUUUGUGUUGGGCCUGUGGACUGGGUUUGUGUCCGGCCAUCAUGUUGGGGUCUAGCUUUAGGACAUCGUGCUCUUUCAUAUCCUGUAUGAUGUACAUACGAGUGUAUAUAGUCGUCUUCUACCUUCCUCUCUUUUUGAAUCCUCCCCCUCUUCUUCUUCAUCCUCCUCUCGGCCUCCUUUUAUCGGCAGGCUGCUGUUGCCUUCAUCUUAAUGUGUGUGGUUGUUUUGUUUAUUUUUCACACAAAGUGCACUGUAAUCUAAAAAAAAUAAUGUUUUCAACGCAUUUUUAAGUUUCUUCGUUUUGAUCACUUUAAUCAUUUGUUUCCUGUGUUCUCGGUUUUUAUUUUGCACGUACGUGUCGCUGCGUCAUCUGAUGUUUUUAUUUUGUAAUUUUUAUUUUAUAAAAUAUGAUAAAGGGUUCGAUCACUAUCUCACCGAGGUUGAGGACUGAAACAGAGAGAUCCUACCGACUGUCUUCUGAGUGGAUCUACUCGUGGCAUGAGAACGAUUUUCUAAAAAAGCCAAUAAGACUUUUGGCACUUUUGGACUGAAGCUGAGAUUUAUUCAUUUAAAUGAGGCCAUUUUUAUAUCAAAAAGGUGAAAAUAUUUGUUUCGUUGAGAAUGUUCUUCAGAUAAUCAUUUCAGAGGUGGACCACGCUGACUGGCCAUUAUCGUUUUUAAAUAAAGUUGGUGGUUCCACACAUCAGCGAACUGAUAAUUCAGCCUGAUUUUACUGUAACUUCAUUUUAUCCCUGAUGUGUUUUUUAAAGUGUGAAUGGGUUAAAGGAGCAGUUUGAUGUUUUUGGGAAAUGCACUUUCUCACUUUUUUUAUUUAAAAAAGGGGAGUUAGAGGACAAAGACUGAUACAAAAUCAUUUUAAUUCAUGCAACGUGAAGCUACAGCCAGCAGCCGGUUAGCUUAUCUUAGCGUGUCACCUGGAAAACCGCUAAAAAGCAACAAAAUGCUUCUUCAAGAAGCUUUAAAACUCACUGAGUCACAUGUAAAGUCUCUUUUUGGAAAAAGUAGAGUGGAAAAAGUUGGUUGGCAAACUCACAAUAAAUAGUUUCCAUCUAAAUUAUGACAAAUUCAAGAAAUUUAGCUACAGAAAAUGCUAAAUUAAUGCCUGUUUCUAUCCACUGCUGUUGAAUUAAACAGCAGGUGGAGCCAAAUUUCACGUCGGUGCCAUUAAAAUAGAAAACAAGCAAUUGAGACAGCUUCAAACUGAUAAAUAUAGUCAGAAACAAGAUGGAAAUAAGAUCUUUACUGUUAGUUUCUUGUGUUAAUGUGAUGAAAGUUACAAUUUUCUCAUCACCAGGGGUAAAAUAUUUGCAGGAAAUAUCAAAUUGCACAUUGACUUGCCAUAUAAAUUAAAUAUAAAAAAUAAAAAAGCCAAGCUCUUCAGCUCAAUAUUUACCAAGAAAUACAUUUAAAACUUACAAUGAGAAUUAAAGCAUGACUGUCAUGGUCACAUUUGACAUUUUUGUCUCCAAUUGACAUCAUUUAUUAGCUAACUCUGUCAUUUGUAAGUCCCAUCAUUUCCAUUUAGGAUUUCAAAUAGAAAAUCUGCAUAAAAACAAUUGAAACUUAAGCUGAUGUCAUUAUAAUCAACAUCAAAUGCUUUGCAUUGAUGAGUUUCUUUUUUUCCCUCAAAAAUCACAAAGUAACACAUAAGAAAUAGGAAUCCAGUGCUAUUCAUUGUAUUUAUCGUGCAUUUUCAUUUAUUAGGGACAUUUAAUCUUAGUGAAUGUCAGCUCGAUCAGACAAAAACCUCGCAACAGGGUUACAACUACACUAGAAAGAACAAGACACUGUCUCUGAAAUAACACGAGUUUAGCAAAUAAAGUGAAAGCUGGGAGCAACAGUUUCAGUCACUAACCAUUUCUAAUUGUGAAAAACUAAUAACAGCGAUUCUGUAGGAGGUUACAGCAGCCUGCUAAAGCUAAAGAGUCCACCUCUAAAACAACAAGAUGCUUCUUUACGCUACUUUUUAGCUAACUUCUCCCUGUGUGGCAGCAAAACACUUUAAAAGGAGCCUUAACUACCCAUAAUGCAACACUCGCACUGCAGAAGGUCGUAGUUAUGCUUUCAAUAUCUCAGCAUGUCUCCAGAAAGUUUAGGUGCCACAAAAACCCAUCAGGAGGUAAAACGGUGGCUAAGCUAACUAGCUCCUGGCUGUAGCUUCACGUUAAACCUGAGAGUGCGUCUCGUCUAAUCAGGCAUGAAAGCAGAUUUCCCAGAAGCGUUCCUUUGAGAAAGGCCUGGUGGAGCUGCAGCAGGUGGUGAUGAAGGUUUUUGUGUUACUGUAGAACAUGUUGUAUCCUGUGGAGCUCACUGCGCUUCUCUCCCCCCUCCUCAGCCACUUCUGUCAUCUCUUUUUUAUUCUUCACAACCUGGAAAGAGUUUCUACCGUGUCGAGUCGUGUACAGCUGUGCUCGAGUCUUAACAGUUGUUAUGGAAGGAACAGGGUCAGACGUGGCACUGGUUCACUGAUCUGACAGACUGAAGACAAACAACAACUAUCUCCCAUUCCUUGUAGUAAAUAAAUCCUGUUUUUGGCAGCUGGAAAAGGGGCGCCCGUCAUGUUUCUCUCUUUUUCAGUCUUUCAGUCGCAUUGAUCUGCUUCUCCUGCUGGGUUAUUAUUAUUAUGAUUAUUAUUAUUAUUAUUAUUAUUAUUAUUAUUGCUGCUGCUGCUCUGUGGCUGUUGUAAUAAAAAUACAAAAGAUCUUCAACAGGAAAAAUAACAACUAUGAUGUGAAAUAAUUUCAAUCAAGAAUAAAUUGUCUGUGAAUAUGUUUCA